GCGGGCGCGCGGCGGACGGAGUGUUUGCAUACAAAGGCGGCCACGCGCGCGGCGCCGCACGACUCAGACCAUGAAUUACGUGGGGCAGCUGGCGGGCCAGGUGUUCGUCACCGUGAAGGAACUCUACAAGGGGCUGAAUCCUGCCACCCUGUCCGGAUGCAUCGAUAUCAUCGUCGUCCGCCAGCCCAACGGGAGCCUCCAGUGCUCGCCCUUCCACGUGCGCUUUGGGAAGAUGGGGGUCCUGCGCUCCCGAGAGAAAGUGGUUGACAUAGAAAUCAACGGGGAGUCCGUGGAUUUGCACAUGAAAUUGGGAGAUAACGGAGAAGCAUUUUUUGUUCAAGAGACCGAUAAUGAUCAGGAGGUGAUCCCCUUGUACCUGGCCACCUCCCCCAUCCUGUCGGAGGGGGCCUCGCGCAUGGAGUGUCAGCUGAAAAGGAACUCUGUAGACAGGAUCAGAAGCCUGGACCCCAGCGCGUCCGCCCAGGCCUUACCUCCCAGUGAGGCCGCUUCGAGCAGCUCUUUAGUGAAGAAGAGAAGGAAAAGGAGGAGAAAGUCCCAGCUGGACACCCUGAAAAGAGACGACAACAUGAACACAUCUGAGGAUGAGGACAUGUUUCCCAUAGAGAUGAGCUCGGAUGACCAGGCUGACCCCCUGGACAGUAGCAGAACUCUUCCUAAUGAUAUACCUGUAUUCCAAGAAGAUGUUUCUAAGGAAAGCCCUUCCCCUGUCAUGACUUACCCUCAGUCAGCAUCGUACCCUAAUUCUGAUAGAGAGUGGUCACCCAGCGCCAGCCCGAUAGAUUGCCAAAGGACUGCCCCCUGCCUGGCAGUUGCAGCCGAGGGAGGCCUUUCUAGCUCUUGCCCUCCACAGUCUUCCCACUUCCACGCUUCAGAAAGUCCUUCAGGUUCUCGACCUUCAACACCUAAAAGCGAUUCAGAAUUGGUCAAUAAGGCCACCGACAGGACGAUGCAGAAGAGUAACCUAGAAAUGCUCUGGCUUUGGGGAGAAUUACCACAAGCGGCAAAGUCAUCUCCGCACAAGAUGAAAGACUGCAGCCCAUUAAACAGUAGAAAAAUCUGUGAUAAGAUACACUUUCAGGCCAUCCAGAGUGAGUCUUCGGAUGCAUUUAGUGACCAGUCACCAACCAUAGCCAGGCCUCCUGGGCUGCCCAUUCCGGAGCCGGACAAGCCUCCCACGGAGAUGCAGUUUGCGAAUGAAGAAGACGUUGAGGCCUUGGGGGCGGCAGCCCCGCCUCUGCCUACGAUCGAAGAACCUAAACCCCUCUCUGCCAGCGUAGCCCCGACAGCAAGCAAGAUGGAUUCUCCUUCCAGGAAAAAAGACAAACGAAGCAGGCAUCUGGGGGCUGACGGCGUCUACUUGGAUGACCUCACAGAUAUGGACCCUGAAGUGGCUGCCCUGUAUUUUCCCAAAAAUGGGGAUCCUUCCGGGCUCGCCAAACACACCAGCGACAACGGAGCCCGGUCAGCCAACCAGUCUCCGCAGUCCGUGGGCAGCUCUGGCAUCGACAGCGGCGUGGAGAGCACCUCGGACAGCCUGAGGGACCUGCCGUCCAUCGCCAUCUCCCUGUGCGGGGGCCUCAGCGACAACCGGGAGAUAACCAAAGAUGCAUUUCUGGAACAAGCCGUGUCGUAUCAACAGUUUGUGGACAACCCGGCUCUCAUCGAUGACCCCAAUCUCGUGGUGAAGAUCGGGAAUAAAUAUUAUAACUGGACGACAGCAGCGCCUUUGCUCCUGGCAAUGCAGGCCUUCCAGAAACCUUUGCCAAAGUCUUCAUGCUUAAGUUAUCUUCAUGUGAUUUUGGACGCCAUUAGGUUUUGCUUCUCGAAAAUUUUUAGUCCACAAAUAGCCACUGUGGAAUCUAUCAUGAGGGAUAAGAUGCCCAGAAAGGGAGGAAGAUGGUGGUUUUCAUGGAGGGGAAGAAAUACCACAAUCAAAGAGGAGAGCAAGCCGGAGCAGGGCUUGGCUGGGAAGAGCCACAGCACCGGGGAGCAGGCGUCGGCGCUCGGCAUGGCCACCAGAAUAAAGCACGAAUCGUCCUCCAGUGAUGAAGAGCAAGCAGCUGCCAAGCCAUCAAGCACAAGCCACCUCCCUCUGUUGUCCAACGUCAGCUACAGGAAGACCCUCCGGCUCACUUCCGAGCAGCUGAAAAGCUUGAAGUUGAAGAAUGGCCCCAAUGACGUGGUGUUCAGCGUGACCACCCAGUACCAAGGCACGUGUCGCUGCGAGGGCACCAUCUACCUGUGGAACUGGGACGACAAAGUCAUCAUCUCGGACAUCGAUGGGACCAUCACCAGAUCUGAUACUCUUGGCCACAUUCUGCCCACCCUGGGCAAGGACUGGACCCACCAGGGCAUCGCUAAGCUGUACCAUAAAGUGAGCCAAAACGGCUAUAAGUUUCUCUACUGUUCUGCGCGGGCCAUCGGGAUGGCGGACAUGACGAGGGGCUACCUGCACUGGGUCAACGAGAGGGGCACGGUGCUGCCUCAGGGGCCCCUGCUGCUGAGCCCAAGCAGUCUCUUUUCAGCCUUGCACAGAGAAGUGAUUGAGAAGAAGCCAGAGAAGUUUAAAGUCCAGUGUUUGACAGACAUCAAAAACCUGUUUUUUCCAAAUACAGAACCCUUUUAUGCUGCUUUUGGAAACCGACCGGCUGAUGUGUAUUCAUAUAAGCAAGUAGGAGUGUCCUUGAACAGAAUAUUUACCGUCAAUCCCAAAGGAGAGCUCAUACAGGAACACGCAAAGACCAACAUCUCCUCGUACGUGAGACUCUGCGAAGUGGUUGACCACGUUUUCCCGUUGCUGAAAAGAAGCCACUCUUCGGACUUCCCCUGCUCAGACACUUUCAGUAACUUUACCUUCUGGAGAGAGCCACCGCCCCCUUUUGAAAACCAGGAUAUUCAUUCCUCCUCAGCGUAAGGUGUUGCGGGCAGCCUCCUGACGUCAUGUGAAGACUGGCGCCCCCGAUUAAAGGACAGGCCUUGGGAGCCAUGGAGCAGGAGCGCGUAGCCUGGUGGGCGGUCAUUUGCUUAAGAGCAAAGGAAUCGGAGGGGCAUUUCUCUCCCUGCCCCAUGCCCCGGGGUGGACAUUUCUAAGUGGGUGUGAGUGGCGCACUUUAGAGGCCGCGGGUGCGUGGAGGGCGGGAAGGCAUCCCUCGGUGGCGGCUGCCAGCCAGUCGCUGCGCUGCCCCGCGUCCCCUCUCGCAGUUCCGGCCUGGUGGCUGCCGGGGGUUCCCUGCCGAUGACCGUUCCGCUGAGGCACCCCUGGGACAUGGCCGAGGGGGGCCUGUUUCCACCUGCCCACGGGGUGUGCCACCUGUGCCCGCGCGGCGGGAAGGCGGCGGGUCUCGAGACCUGCGCCCGCGGGGUCUCCCCCUCACUGUACAGGCGCGGCCUGGGGGUGUCUCCCAGCAGUGUUUGCCGGCAGGUCUGAUGGGUAGCCCAUAAGUUCUUUAAUUCCUUGGAUGAAAGAUAGCCUGGAUAGUUGGUAUACUUCCCCCCCAUUUUUGUGGCCAAGGCUGGACCAUUAAGACUAUAUGCCUUAAUGCCUCUGUGGCAGGCAUUUUAUUUAGAAUGUGCUUUGUCUGGCUCUCUCUAAGUUUGCAAUGCCUUAAAUUCAGAUUAUAGUCAGCAUUCCUAGGGCAGUGUUUGGAAGGAGCGCGAUGCUCUGCCGGCUCCCUUCUCCAGCCGGGUGCAGCUGGAAACUUCGAGCAGAGCUCCUGCCCUGUGGUGAUGGUGUCGAUUUCUGCUGGGAGCUCUCCAAAGAAAGGAGGUGGUUUUACGAAAAUCAUUUCAAGACGUUAUGAGCUUUGUAGAUACUCUUAUUUAUUAUUUUACUCUGAUUGGGUUAUUGUUAGGAGAAUUUUAGCCAUAGUCUGUUAUUGUAACUGUCAUGAACACAUCAAAAGGAUAGAGACAUUACACUAUCCAAAGAGCCUUACUCUGUAGAUCUCACAACACUGAACUUCUUUCUGAGUUUAUGGGUAAUACUUUUUAUUUUCCCUCGCUUUUCCCGCUUGAGUCAAGGGCGAGUGGGUAAUACUUCGAGUGACAUUCUUCACGUUGGCAGAUGAUUCCUUUCCUCGUUUAUAAAAUUGGCCUCUGGAGAGAACAGUUUGAAAAGUGAAAGAAUUAUUUUCGUAAAAGAUUUUGCUUUACUUUGUGAAGUAUUAUUUUUUUAAAGAGUGUUUUACCCCAGUGAUUGCAAAUGUUUUCCUAUUUAAAUUGCAUUGUCAUGAAGUCAGAACCUGCAACAGAUGAAUGAAAUUUUACUCUUUCUGUGAAAGAAAAUCCAGAGGUGUUGCCUUCAUUGUCACUGGUGGGCUCUGUUAGCAAGGGGAGCCUUUACAGAACUGUCCGCCUGUGUCGUCGACCACAGACUUGCCUAGAAUUGGAACGUGCAUGUGCAGAUUCCCUUUUGGAGGCAUUAAAAAUAAUUAAAGAUAGUUCUGCCUUAA